AUGGGCCACCAUGAGCGGCCAGCGAAGAGCGUGGCCAACAUCUCCCCCCUGCUGACGGGCGCGUCAGCACCGCUCUGGCGCGGGCCGGGCGCCGGAGACGGCCGCCGCCAGCCGCUGGGGCAGACGCGGUGCGCGCCCGAGCUCCGCGGCGGAUCCCACGCCAGUCGCGCCGCUGGCGGCAGCCUGCUGUUCGGCUGCAAUGACGCGCCGCACAGCCUCCAGCAGCUCGAGCGGGGCCCGGGCUGCACAUGCGGCGCCAGCGCGCCAGCUCGGGAGAUCGGCGCCAGCCACGGUCUGCGCGCACGCCCGCACAACGUACUGGACGACGACUUCGAGGAGGAGGAAGACCAGCUCUUCAUCGGCGCCGACCACCCCGCGUACGCGAGGGUGCAAGAGGCCCUGAAGCGGCAGCUAGUCAGGAAGAACGAGCAGCGCACGCUGGAGCUGCGUGAGAGGGGCGAGGAGCUGCGGAAGUUGGUGAAGCACCGGGAGGAGGUCGGCGUCACCCUCUACACUUCCCAGCAGCAGCUGGCCAAGCUCCAGCUGCAACUCGAGCAGCUCCACGACCGCUUCGCAAUGGUUCGUGGCAGCGCCCAGGAGACCGAGGAGUCCCUCAAGACGGCCACCGUGGACCGAGUGGGAGCAGAAGAAGAAGGAG